GUGUCAGUGACGUGCUGUCCGACGUGGUGGAGGACGUUAUUGAAGCUGUCUACAGAAACGUUGGUGGAGCUCAGCUUCUGCACGAACUCCUGAGUGCGCCGUGGCUGCGCGCACUGCUGAAGAUUUAUGAGUGCCUGUUGCAGUUCCAGAGGUUGACACCCAGCCCCAUCCUGCCUUAUGCAUCAGGACUCUCGCACGAGAUAAUGACUGUGAUACAAACGGUCCCCCGUCCUUCAGCCGAAGCUCGAGAGCUCCACAACCUCCUCAGCUCACCACACAUCCAGGCCCUCCUAUCGUCCCAGGACAGUGUGGCCCAGUUAGACUACGGACCCGUUUUACCCCCUCUGCCCGACGAGAUGCCUGAGAAUGAGGAGGCCAUGAGGAUCGUUUGUCUGGUGAAGAACAACCAGCCGCUGGGGGCGACUAUAAAAAGGGACGAGGAGACGGGAGAGAUCUACAUCGCCCGGGUGAUUCAUGGAGGACUGGCCGACCGCAGCGGACUCCUCCAUCCUGGUGAUCUGUUAGUGGAGGUGAAUGGGAACCCUGUGGUGGGUCUGGAGCCAGAACAGGUCAUCCAGAUACUGAUCAACUCUCAGGGAACCAUCCUGUUUAAAGUCAUCCCAAAUACAGCUCAGAGCAGCAGCAGCCUGAAGUCGGUGUAUAUGAGGGCGAUGGUGGACUACUGCCCCCUGCAGGACUCCUCCAUCCCCUGUCCCGAUGCAGGAAUGGCAUUCAGCAGAGGAGACCUGCUGGAGGUGGUGGACCAGUCGGACGGACGGUGGUGGCAGGCCAGGAAGCUGCCCUGCGCUGUGUCCUGUGCUGGUCUGAUUCCCUCUGCCAGCAUGCUGAAGAGUAAACAGAGGGAACAGUGGUGGUGUCAGCCAUUACAGGUUCAUACCUGCAUCAGACCCUAUCUGUUUGUGGAGUAUGGGGAGUAUAAGGGCCACCUGUACGGGACCAGCACCGACGCCAUUGAUGAGGUGCUGAAACGAGGACGGAUGUGCAUCAUCGAUGUUGAACCACAUUCCAUCCAGCCGCUGAGGACAAGGAAACUGAAGCCUUUCGUGAUCUUCAUCAAACCUCCCAACCCGGACAGACUGAGACAAAGUCGGAGAGACGCCCGAAUCAUCACCAACUACACCGUCAACAGAGCCUUCACGGAGGAUGACUUUGUGGAGCUGGAGGAAGUGUCCCUGCUGAUCGAGGCGAAGUACAAACAGUUUUUCGAUGGCGUGCUGGUGAACGACGACCUGCAGGACACCUGCAUGCGGCUCUGCUCCGUCAUCCAGGAGGCGCAGAACGAACCACAGUGGAUGCCGGUCAGCUGGAGUCGGAUGCCGGAGUAAAGCAGGAGAGGAGAGAAACAUCAGGAUGGGAAUGAAGAAAUACGAGAGAGAAUAAGUGACGGAUAAAAGAGGACAAUGUUGAGUGGAAUAUAAAGAACUGGUGACAGGAACAGGAAGGAGACCUAGACAUGGAGACAAAUGGGAGGUGCAGGAACAGGAGCAGGUGUUUCUUCGUGUGUUUGCCUCCACCCUGAAACCGCAGUGAAGGAAACACGUAACUCAACCGAUGGAUUCGUCUAUAAAGUAGCUUUCAUUCUUAGAGGCAGAGUCCGCCAUUCCUGUGUGGGAUUCGGUUUAUCUAC